GGCCAUGUUUCAACUCCUCAUUAUCCUCAUAUUUCGGAUCAAGGUAACGGUACAUGGUGCUUCAAUUGUGAUGAUAUGACACAUUUAAAAUACUGUGACGCUGUUGACAAAUGCCAGAAUGACCAAGAAGUGUGCUAUGUUCAACGAUAUGUUGGCACGCUUGGGGUCAAUAUGUACAAGUCAGGAUGCAUAAACAAACAGCAAUGCAACAUUAACUACAACAGCAGUGGAUGUUUUGAAUGCUGUAGAGAUAAUUUCUGUAACAGCGCCGGAUGUGGUGACAACGGUUUUCAGGAGCAGGAGAAUAGAGGACCUAUGUGCUUCGACUGUUCGCACAAAGGGGAAAAUGAAUUAUGUCAUGCCACGAAACUUUGUCACACAAAUCAGCUUUGCAGUAUUAAAAAGUAUGAGUGGGGAGACAAUGACUUCCAGUAUGCUAUGGGCUGUACAGAUUCACAGGUCUGUACGUCUGAGCGAGUAGGCGCUGUCAGAAUGGUCAGAAACACGCCGCUCUGUGCGCAAUGUUGUCGAUCAGACUUCUGCAAUAUGAAUUGUUCUUUAGUCGAUACAGUCCCAGCCAUCGUAGGGUAG